UAAAUUAAAGUUAUAUGAAGAAUUAAAAUUUAAAUGACACACACUUGAUAAACAUAACCUUACUGAUAAUAAAAACAAAAAUAUUGUGUGGUGGGAUAUAAUAAGUUUUAUAACUUACAAUAAUAACAAAAAAUUGACGAAAAUGUCAGAGACCACACAAGAGUCAAUACCGCUUGAAAAUCUUGAACCGGAUAGCGUAUCCGAGGAAGACCAUAAGUUUUUUGAAGAGCACCUUAAAGAAACGGAACAGCGUUUAGCAAUAAAGGAAGAAAUCCGUACAGCGAAUGUUAAUGUUACACGUCCACCCGAUUGUCACUUUAGCAAACUGGAUUCCAGUCUCAAAAGGAACACAACUUUUGUAAAAAAGUUAAAAACCUUUAGCGGCGCCCAAUUGGAACUGUUUAUGAAAGACAUGAUUAAUUUAAAUCUCACCAAAUAUAUAAGCGAAGUUGCUACGGCCUUGGUGGACGCAAAAUUGAAGAUGACCGAUGUUGGUCCGGCCAUAAAAGCUUGUAGCUUUCUGCAUCAGACGUACGCUGAAUUCUCCACACAUUUUUUUGAGAAUUGGCAAAAAAUUUUAUCCUUAAAAGUAGGUGAUAAAAUUUCUAAUCCUAGUAAACUCAGAGUAGAUUUAAGGUUUUACGCGGAGCUUAUUAAUGCCGGUAUUUUUACCCAUAAACAAGGACUUCCUCUGUUAGGUUCGGUAUUGACGGUCUUGAUUAAUAUGGAUAAGGAGGAGCACAACAAUGCCAGCAUAAUAUUAAGCUUCUGUCGUCAUUGCGGAGAAGAUUAUGCGGGCCUUGUGCCAAAGAGAAUAAGAGAACUGUCGGAUAGAUUAAAUGUUGCGAUACCAAAAAGUAAAUUACUUUCCCCGGAUAAGCAGCAAAAUGUUAAGUCACUGUUGCGCGAUUAUUAUAAUUCUUUAUGUAAACACCUGUUAAAGGAGCACAAGGAAUUACAAGCAUUCGAGAAACAAAAUCGAAAGAUUCUUCAGACAAGAGGUGAAUUAAAUACGGAGAGAAAAGAGAAGCUGGAAGCCCUUCAACUUUCAUACGAACGUCUAUUGACGAGCGUGCAAAAUUUCUCCGACACAUUGGACGAGUCGAUGCCAGAAUUGCCUGUCAACACCGAAGUCAAGGCAGAGGCCGACGAAUCUUUAAAAAUGAUCAGCGAAGGGGAAGAAAAUAGUGUGCUUGAGGAUAUGUGGGGCGACGAAGAGACGAGGAGGUUCUACGAGGUCCUAACCGAUUUGACAGUUUUUCUUCCAGGCUCUUACACCAAAGACACGCCAAAACAAGAGAAAGCGGACGCUGCGAUAACGGAAGAGGUCCUAGACGAAGAUUUAACGUUCGACGAGCUCGAAGACAUUGAAAAAGUGGAAGAGGCCGAGCCCGAAGUCGAGGAGCCCCAGGUCAUAAACAUUAGCAAUAAGAUUUUGCUCGACGCUUUUCUAACGCACUUACCUAACUGCGUGAAUCGCGAGAUGAUCGAUAACGCCGCCGUCGACUUCCUCAUGAAUCUCAAUACAAAACAAAACAAAAAGAAGCUAAUUAAGGCGCUCUUCGGAGUAUCGCGAAUUCGUUUGGAUUUGCUACCAUUUUAUUCGCGACUCGCGGCAAUUCUUCAUCCAGUGAUGCCAGAAGUGGGCAACGAGCUCUGCCUAAUGCUGAAGCACGACUUCAAAUACCACGUGCACAAGAAAGACCAAAUCAACGUUGAGUCGAAGAUCAAAGUGGUGCGGUACAUUGGCGAGCUCGUUAAAUUUAAGCUUUAUUCGAAGAUCGAGGCCCUGUACUGCCUAAAGGUUCUUCUUCAUCACUUCACUCACCAUCACAUCGAGAUGGCUUGCAAUCUACUGGAAACCUGCGGCAGAUUUUUAUUCUGCACCCCGGACUCCCAUCAACGCACGAAAGUCUAUUUGGAGCAGAUGAUGAGGAAGAAGGCCGUUACGGCACUCGACUCCCGUUACGUUACGAUUAUCGAGAAUGCCUAUUACUUCGUCAAUCCACCCGAGUGCACGGGAAUCAUCACCAAGAAGGAUCGGCUCCCCAUCCACGAGUUCAUAAGAAAGCUCCUCUAUCAGGAUCUCUCGAAGACCAAUACGGACAAAGUCUUGAAGUGGAUGAGAAAGCUCGACUGGGAGGACGAGGGCAUUGCCUCCUAUGCCAUAAGGUGCCUCACAGCCGCCUACAAUGUAAAAUAUUUAAAUAUAAGAUGCGUGGGCAGUCUUUUGGCCGGUCUCGUCGCUCAUUACGAAGCCGUGGGUCCCCUUGUCGUUGACGGUGUCCUCGAGGACAUCAGACUCUGCAUGGAGACCAAUUUGCCGAAAUUCAAUCAGCGACGGAUAGCCAUGGUUAAGUACCUCGGCGAGCUGUACAAUUAUCGAAUGGUGGAGAGCGGCGACAUAUUCAGAACACUCUAUCUCUUGAUUACCUUUGGCGUGACCAUGGAUCACGGUGUGCCGAGUCCCCUAGAUCCCCCCGAGCAUCUGUUUCGCGUUCGAUUAGUCUGCACGCUGCUCGAAACGUGCGGCCAAUACUUUAGCGGAGGCUCGAGCAAAAAGAAGCUGGACUACUUCAUUGUAUUCUUUCAGCACUACUACUGGUUCAAAAGGACCGAUCAAAUAUGGACGAAUGAAAAUCCAUUCCCCGUGGGCAUGGAAUACAUGUUCCGCGACACCCUGGUAAUGCUGCGACCGAAGGUCCAGCUGUUUGAAAGCUUCAAAGAGGCGCAGAACGCUGUGGAAGAGUUGCGCAACACCCUCUAUCCGAAUUUAGAAACGACGACGGAGCAGCAGCAGCAACAACAACAACAGCAACAACAACAGCAGCAACAACAACAACAGAAUCAGCUCGGCGAGGAUAGCAACGAAAUGAACACGAUAUCGGAGAUGGAGGAGGAGAUUGUAGGGGAGAGCAGCGAUCCCAAGAUAAUUUCGGAUUUGCAUUUCGAGGAGGCCGAGGAUUUGUCGGAAGCUCAGUCCGAGGAAGAAUGGACGAACGAGGGGAUCGAGAGGGACGAGCACCAGGGCACUCAGGACAAUACACAGGGCGAUCAGAGCCUCUCCGAAGGAUGUAACGACGGCGUGUUGAUGGACACGUCGGAGCUGGUAGCGGCUUUACCCUCGAGACCCAAACGAGUCCAUUGCCCUGAGGACGACGACUUUCUUUCGGCCCUCGACAAAAUGGUCUCCGACAAUAUCCAAGAUAGGAUGCGCGACGCGGUGAAGCCCCAGCAGGUCGACAUCUCCGUGCCCCUACACGUAAAGAGCACGAAGAAGACGUACGAGCAGCUUCAGGAGGGACCAUCCGACAGCUCCACCAUGGACUUUGUCCUUAUGCUGCGCAAGGGUAAUAAGCAGCAGUAUAAGAAUCUAGCGGUGCCGGUCUCCUCCGAGCUCGCGAUGAAUCUCAGGAACCGGGAGCAAGAGCAGAAGGAGGAGAAGGAGAGGGUCAAGAGGCUCACCCUAAACAUAACCGAGAGGCAGGAGGAGGAGGAUUAUCAAGAGGCGAUUAAUCAGAGCACGAGACCCGUCACCGUCAAUCUCAAUCGCGAGAGGCGACAAAAGUAUAAUCACCCGAAAGGUGCGCCCGAUGCCGAUCUUAUAUUCGGUCCGAAGAAGAUCAGGUAAAAGAGGCCGGCA